AUGGAGUCGGCAGGGCGGAAGCGGGCGAGAGAGGCGGAGGGCGCGGUAGCCGCCGUGAAAAACGGUGGCGGGCAGCGGCCACGCCGACGCAACAGGUUCGCGCCCGUCGAUGAGGCACCCCCUCCUGCGAGCAGCGGCCCGGCGUCGGCAGCAGCCCCGCCUCCCCCAGCCCAGGCGGCGCCAGGGGACGAGAUGGCUGAUCUGGCAAGGUUUCUGGGGGAGGCAAGGGCGAGGGCGCUACGGGCGGCGCAGGGGCAGACGGCAGUGCCAGGGGCAUCCCCGCCCGCCUCCGCGGGCACCAAGGGCAACGGGGCUCCCGCUAGUGCAGUUGGUGUCAACGGAGGAGCAGCCUCUGCCCCCGUGGCGGCCUCAACGGAGAGAGUCCAGGCGUUAUCUGGCGGGAGUGCGGGGGUGGGGGCGGGGGCGAACGGCGGACCGGCGGCGGCGGCAGCGGCGGGGGCGGCUAGAGCCAAGACUGCCGAGAUGGCGAUGCUAGAGGCCCAGAUCCGCGCCUCUAUCUCGAACGUGAACAGCAUGUUCGCCGCCGGUCCUCCCAAGGUGCCCCCUGCUGUCGCGGCCGGGGUCGCAGCGGCCAACGGCGGUACCGCCUCCGUGUUGCCCAAGAAGGCCAAGGACCACACCCUUAGGGGCCGGGGGUCACCCACAAGGGCCACCCCCCAGGGGGGAGACAACCUCCGCUUCCGCGAGCACCGCAAGUUCCUGUCGGGGAGGAUGUCGGGCCGCGUCAAUGCCGAGCAGCUGGACACCCCCGCCGGCGGCGGCAGCGGCGGCGGCCCGACGGCCGGGACCUCUUCGCUCUCCGUUUACUCGGCACAAGCGGAGGCCGACGAGAGUGCGGCUGCUGCUGCUAAGGCGGCGGCGGCGGCGGCUGCGAAGGAAGCGGCUGAGGCGGUGCCGGCCUUGCGAGAAGUCGGGCAGGAUUUGGAGGAGAUCGAGUGGUGGGACGAGGCGUUCUUGACCAAGGAAACGCGGGACGCGAAGGCGGCGGGAAAGCUUGAAGCCGAGGCGUGCACCACGGAUGCUCUUUACCCCGUCCUCCUGCUAGAGAACGCCAAGACCUUUAAGUACAUCCAGCACCCCAAGAAACCGUUGGAGGAGGAAGCGGCGGCGACAGCGGGGGCGGCUGCGGCUGCGGCUGCGGUCGGAGGGGGUGACGGGAAGGCGGCGGCUGGGGGGGGCGCGGAUGGGAGCGAUGCGGCGGCGAUGAAGGUGUACCUGACGAAGAAGGAGCGCAAGAGGAUACGCCGCACCACGAGGAUGGAGAGGGAGAGGGAAAAGCAAGACAAGAUCGCGCUCGGGCUGCUGCCAACGCCGGAGCCGAAGAUGAGCAUGAGCAACUUCAUGCAGGUGCUAGGGGACCAGGCGGUGGUUGACCCUUCGAAGGUGGAAGCCCUGGUGAUGGGGCAGGUGCACCGCCGCAAGGCCGAGCACGAGGCUCGGAACCAGGCGGCCAAGCUCACCCCCCAGGAGAAGAGGGACAAGAGGAAGAGAAAGCUGCUCGAGGACACCUCCAAGGAGUUGCAGGUUGCGGUGUACCGGGUAGCGGAUAUGUCGGACCCCAAGCGGCGCUUCAAGGUGGACGUGAACGCGCAGCAGAGAUACCUCACGGGAGGGGUAGUCAUGUGCACUCUGUUCGUAUACGAACCGUUCAACCAAUCACCCGCAAGAGGCUAUUUAAGGCCAACCAAUCAAUCCGCCGCCAACUCUUGGUGGCUCCUGAUUUUCCAUCGUAUGUAUGUUUGUAGUCUGUUCGCAUAUUCGGCCCCUGUGAACAAGCAUGGACCCGUUACCUUUCAACCAAUGAACAUGAAACCCGUUGCCUUUCAACCAAUGAACAUGAAACCCGUUACCUUUCAACCAAUGAACAUGAAACCACGUUGCCUUUCAACCAAUGAACAUGAAACCCUGUUGCCUUUCAACCAAUGA